CGCCGCAGGAGGAUGGAGGCGAGCAAGGAGCCCCGGGCGGCCGCGGCGGAGAAGCCCGGCGAGCCCGAGCCGGCCGUGUCCUUCCAGGCGCGGCUCUGGAGGAACCUGCAGCUGGGGGGCAAAGGCCGGAGCGGCGGGCGGGCGGCAGCCGAGCGCCGCACUGCGGAGCCCCCCGCCGCCGCUGCCGCCGCGCUGCCGCCGCCGGGCCCCGGCAAGGGCGACCCGCCGCCCGGCGCCAAGUGGGGCGGCUUCAGGCGGAGGAAGCAGGUGCUGGACCGCGUCUUCUCGUCCUCCCAGCCCAACCUGUGCUGCUCGGCGGCCGAGCCGCUGGAGCCGGGCGGCGAGUCCGGCUCCGCCCUGCGCCGCCUGCGGGAGCACCUGCUCCACCAGGGCAAGGGGCCGCCGCCGCGCCGCCCGGCCGCAGCGGAUGAGGGGCCCAAGGGCAGGAAGGAGGAGCGGCGGCCCGGCGCGCACCUGUCCCACCAGAAGAGCUCCUCGCUGCCCAGCACCGCCUGCCUGGAGCAGCUGCUGCAGGGCUCGCCCACGGCCGGCAGGAGGAGGGAGCCGCCGGCGGAGGACGGCGGCGGCGGCGCGAGAACAAAUUCAGUUGGAACUAGUAAUGCAGAUUUUCCCUCUGCGGAUCCCGGUAUGUACCAGUUGGACAUUACUUUAAGAAGAGGACAGAAUUUAGCAGCACGGGAUCGUGGAGGAACCAGUGAUCCGUAUGUCAAAUUCAAAGUUGGAGGAAAAGAGGUAUUUAGAAGUAAGACAAUACACAAGAACCUCAAUCCUGUGUGGGAAGAAAAAACUUGCAUUCCUAUAGAUCAUACCAGAGAACCUUUGUAUAUAAAGGUCUUUGAUUAUGACUUUGGACUUCAAGAUGACUUUAUUGGUUCAGCAUUUUUGGAUCUUACUUCAUUAGAAUUAAACAGGCAAACAGAGGUUACCUUGAGUCUGAAGGAUCCUCGCUACCCUGACCAUGAUCUGGGAAGUAUAUUGUUAUCGGUUCUGUUGGCUCCUAGAGAAGAACAACGAGAAGUAUUUCAGACCCAGAGCUUGCGUCUCUCAGAUCUGCACAGAAAGUCUCAGCUAUGGAGGGGUAUAGUUAGCAUUACUUUAAUAGAAGGUCGUGAGCUUAAGGCAAUGGAUGCAAACGGGCUGAGUGAUCCCUACGUGAAGUUCCGGCUGGGACACCAGAAGUACAAGAGCAAGAUUGUGCCAAAAACUUUGAAUCCUCAGUGGAGGGAGCAGUUUGACUUUCAUCUUUAUGAAGAACGAGGUGGAAUUAUUGAUAUUACCGUGUGGGACAAAGAUGCUGGCAAAAGGGAUGAUUUUAUUGGCAGGUGCCAGGUUGACCUGUCGGCUCUAAGUAAAGAACAAACUCACAAGCUGGAGAUGCCGCUGGAGGAGGGCGAGGGAUGCCUGGUACUGCUGGUCACUCUGACAGCCUCAGCUGCAGUCAGUAUCUCUGACCUCUCUGUCAACUCCUUGGAGGACCAGAAAGAGCGAGAGGAAAUACUGAAGAGAUAUAGUCUAAUGAGAAUGUUCCAUAACAUAAAGGACGUGGGAUUUCUGCAGGUGAAGGUCAUCAGAGCCGAAGCAUUGAUGGCAGCUGAUGUCACAGGUAAAAGUGAUCCAUUUUGUGUAGUUGAAUUGAACAAUGACAGACUGCUGACACAUACUGUCUACAAGAACCUCAAUCCUGAAUGGAACAAAAUCUUCACAUUCAAUAUUAAAGACAUCCACUCGGUUCUUGAAGUGACAGUUUAUGAUGAAGACCGCGAUCGCAGCGCCGACUUCCUAGGCAAAGUUGCUAUACCGCUGCUGUCUAUUCAAAAUGGUGAACAGAAAGCCUACGUCUUGAAAAACAAGCAGCUGACAGGGCCAACAAAGGGGGUCAUCUAUCUUGAAAUAGAUGUGAUUUUUAAUGCUGUGAAAGCCAGCAUACGAACCUUAAUGCCCAAAGAGCAGAAGUACAUUGAAGAGGAAAACAGACUGUCUAAACAGCUGCUGUUAAGAAACUUUAUCCGCAUGAAGCGUUGUGUCGUGGUGCUCAUAAAUGCUGCCUAUUACGUUAACAGUUGCUUCGACUGGGAUUCACCCCCGAGAAGUCUCGCUGCUUUUUUGCUUUUUCUUUUUGUGGUUUGGAACUUUGAGCUCUACAUGAUACCACUGGCUUUCUUGUUGCUGUUGGCAUGGAACUACUUCUUGAUCAUAUCAGGGAAAGAUAACAGGCAACACGAUACAGUAGUGGAGGACAUGCUAGAGGACGAGGAAGAAGAAGAUGACAGAGAUGACAAGGACAGUGAGAAAAAAGGAUUUAUGAAUAAACUUUAUGCCAUCCAGGAGGUGUGUGUCAGUGUCCAGAAUGUCCUUGAUGAAGUGGCUUCCUUUGGAGAAAGGAUAAAGAAUACAUUCAACUGGACUGUCCCAUUCUUAAGCUGGCUGGCAAUUGUUGCCCUCUCUGUGUUCACAAUCAUCCUGUAUUUCAUUCCACUGAGAUACAUUGUCCUUGUCUGGGGCAUCAAUAAAUUUACAAAGAAGCUUCGAAGUCCAUAUGCAAUUGAUAACAAUGAGCUACUUGAUUUUCUGUCCAGAGUUCCAUCAGAUGUGCAAGUGGUGCAAUAUCAUGAACUGAAACAAGAUACCAGUCACAGCCCAAGUAAGAGGAAGAAAAACAAUCCUGGCUAGCCAACUUCAUGUACUGAAGAGACUAGCAUCUGCUGGGAGAAGAUAAAAGCAAAAGACUACAGCCUAAGCAGCAUUUCCUUUCUUUAAGCUUUUUAUUUAUUUUGCCUUUUUAUCUAAUGGAGAGAAUGUGUAAAUAUUGUAUAAAGGCAUUUCUCAUUGAAUAUAUACUUAGAGUGUAAAGACAUAUUUGAUCAAGGUUUCCAGUAGGGCUUUGCUGUUGGAAAGCCUAGUUAGAAAUAGCAUAACACAUUAAGGGAAUCAGUGUAAAACGGUAAAUAUGUACUGUUACUUGAUGGUCAAAGAUACCUUAAAUAUUCAAAUCAUAUCAAUUAAAUCUGCAAAAGAUGUAAAUUUAAAUCUGACUCAAAAAAACUAGUCAGGUUUUAUCUGUGAACAUUAAUAUUUUUAUCCAGUAUGUCACCAUUACAAUUUUCUAUGUUUUAUACAUUUCAACAGAAAUACAGUGUAGUGGAACCUACUGCACUUAAGUUUUAGGAGAUUUUUUGAACUCUAGACCCUGAUAUUAGCUCCUGGUGCAAUGUAUUCCUGUGCAGUAGGGCUGCUUAUAAGCUAAUGAACACACCAAGUGCAAAUCUUUUACUGGAGCUCCCAAAAGAAGUUCCUGAUGUUUUAAUCAUUCCAUUAUAAGACUUAAAAAUCUUUUUCUCUCAAAAUACUGCCAGGUUUGUAACUGAUUGCCUAUCUGAUUUUUUUUUUUUUUUUAAUAUAUAUAUAUAUAUGUACCAGUAAUCUUAAUUUGUACUACAUAGUUUAGUGAAUGAGUCCAUAGUUCUGCUGUAAUGGAAGUACCAUCAAACUAACUCCAUAUUGCUUUGGGUGUCAGGCUAUCUAUACCUUUUGUGCACAUAACUAUUUUAAUACAGAAAUCUUGCAGAAAAUAUUUUUGCUUUCAAAUCACAAGAUCAUAUUAACAUGCUUAUGGUGGAACAUUUUACCUGUUACCAAAUGUGAAAUAUAGUAUAGACAAAAAAAAAAAGGCAAUUUUUUUUUGUGCUAAAACUGAUACACCAGUUUUAUUUCCUUAGCUGAUAAUGUUAACAGUUCUUCUGAUGCAGUUGUGCCCUACUGCAUGGAAACUGCAUUAUUUUUUAUAGGUUAAAUGGAACAUACAGAAUGAAUGUUUACAUUUCAAAUGUUUUAAUGGCCACUGCAUAGGACCCCUUAAAGAUAUAUUCUCAUAUUUCUGCAUGUAGAGUUCCACACCCAGCUGCCCCCAUAGUGAGCAGAAAAUUCAUUCCUAAGAGACUAUCUGUGCACAGCUCUUAGUCAUAGCUCCCCAUGACAUCAAAGGGGGGGGGUUUUGCCCAAGUGAGAACUGCAGGACUAUACCCUCAAGAGAAAAAUUUCUCCUGUUGUUCUCUGUGGGGUACCUUUCAUUUGUUGCAAUUGCUGGGAAAGUUAUAUUGCACCAGUCUAACAAUACUUUUUGAAAAGAUUAUUUAGAAAUACUUUGCAGGCAAAUGUAUACAGACUUGACUAAAGAAUUAUUUGUUGGAUGCAUUACUCAUGAAAGAUCAUUCUGAAUUUAUUUUAACUAAUUUCUUAUAUUACAAUUAUUUUGAUCUAUUUGUUUGUACGUUUGAAAGAAUGCCAAUCCAAUUAAUGUUCUGUAGAAAGUCUUGGACUUAAAUAUGCUUUUGCUAGAUCAUGAUUUUCCAGAAAUUUAUUUACAAAGGUUACGUCAUACCCACCUUUUCACUGUCUGUUGCCUGAAGAGCAACAUAAAAUUGAGGAAGUCAGAAUCACAGAUGAGCCUUUUUUUGCUUUAAAAAAAACUUUGUUUGACAAUGUGUGAAUAUUUGUUCCCAAUUGUCAAUUUUGCAAAGUCCUUCUGAUAUAUUGCAAGCCUUGUACCUUCUAAAUAUUAUCCAUUGUUCUGUGUAAAAUUUC